AUGGCGGGCAAUAUGGCGGGCAAGAUGGUGCUGUAUAAGCUGGUGGUACUAGGAGAUGGAGGCGUGGGCAAGACUGCCUUGACCAUACAAUUGACUCUCCAACAUUUCGUGGAAACAUAUGAUCCCACAAUCGAAGACUCCUACCGGAAGCAAGUGGUCAUCGAUGGUCAAUCAUGUAUGUUAGAAGUCCUCGAUACAGCUGGCCAAGAAGAGUAUACCGCCCUGCGAGACCAAUGGAUCCGCGAUGGGGAGGGGUUCGUGCUGGUGUACAGCAUCUCUUCGAGAUCAUCUUUUACUCGGAUCACAAAGUUCCACAACCAAAUACAGCGAGUGAAGGAAUCUUCGGCGUCCUCGCCGUCAUACCCAGGAUCUCCAUUGUCCUCGACUAUGCCACUAGCCCCAGUCCCAAUUAUGCUUGUCGGGAACAAGAGCGAUCGGGUGACAGAACGAGAGGUCUCUACCCAGGAAGGACAUGCCCUAGCGCGAGACUUGGGAUGUGAAUUUGUUGAAGCCUCGGCGAAGAAUUAUAUCAAUGUCGAGAAAGCUUUCUAUGACGUGGUGAGGCAACUGCGUCGGCAACGACAAGUGCAAAGCAAUGCGAGAUCACGAGAAGGGACCGGGAGGGGGCAUCGAACCGGGUCCGGAGACGGACUACCACGAAGCGAUGGAAGAAUAUAUCGCUCAGAUAAACCCAAGAGCGGCCGCAGCGGACGAACCUGCACCAUAUUAUGA